GUUCGUGGCUACAUACCGCCGUUGUAGGCACCUGCUCGUCGUCAUGUUGACCACCUUCGCCGGAACACUGGCCAGCCCGGUGAGUGUCGGGCACAUCUUUCACUUCUCGGCCAAAUCGCUGGACGAUGCGGAACGCGUGGACAUCGAUUUCCAGACGGAGCGCUCAGCGGAUGCCGACGUACCGCUGCACCUGUCGGUGCGCUUCGAGGAGCAGCGCCUGGUGGUCGGUUCCAAGCUCGGUGGCCAAUGGGUGGAAGCGGAACGACAGCCGCCACAGCACGAUACCACCAGCCAGUCCGCCCUCCAGACGCUGAUGCCUGGCCAUGUUUUCACCGUGUACGUGCUGGUCGGUGACAGCAGCUAUCACAUCGCGCUGGCCGACUGCCCGAUCGGGGCGUUCACCAUCCGUGGUUCGCUGGCCGACAUCAAGGCUGUCACGAUUACGAAGGAUGUGCACCAGAUACUGGCGGUGGACCAUCGGCAAUCAUUUCCGUUUCCAUUCCCGGCCAUCCAGAUGCACGACGAGACGUGUUACUUCUCCAACGAUGUGCCGAAACCGUUCGUGCCCGGUCACGUGAUUAUCCUGACGGCCGUACCGUACGGUAAUCCGCGCGGUGGCUUCAUCAUCAAGUUCCACGAGAAUGGCAGCCGGAAGCAGGCGCUCCACUUCAAUCCACGCUUCGAUCCGCACUACGUCGUCGUCCGGAACUCGCAUGCCAGCGAAGCGCUCGACUUCCGCCAGGAGGAGCGCACCGGGGGCUUCCCGUUCAUCAUCGACCAGCAGUUUACGCUCGCGAUCGGGCUGGCCGAGCAGGAGUUCAAGUUCGCCAUCAACGGCAGCCAGUUCGAGACGUACGCGUACAAGGCGCACCGCCAGCUCGACACACUCAACGGGUUCCGGGUGCAGUGCACGAACGGGUUGCAGCUCGAGGUGACGGCCGUCGACCACUAUCACUCCGGGUCGCCCGAUUGUGCCGGCUACGAGGAGUACUCGAACCCGUACGCUGACCUGCUCGCCUGAUCACACCAACACCGCAGCACCUCCAAUCCCCAAAAAACGCCUGUUAUUCCUGUUUUCUGCGCCCGAACGCCAACCGUAACCGAAAUGAAACGCUUGUCCGCAAGGGAUGAGGGUCUAGGGGAAGGUCCCUUUUGGCGCAUGCGCCUGCCCAAAUGGCGUUCUGGCGUUAUCCCCGCAGUACACUUGAAUGUUCCGGUGUAUCGGACACACACACACACACAUGGGCAUAGUUAAAGACACGCAGUUAUCAGGACUCGCAAUGACAAAGGACCUCCACGCGAACGAUGACGCGUGGUUAAUCAUCUUGAUUAGUUGCUUGUUUGAACACAUUUAUUUACUCAUCAACACAACCAUCUGCUCCACCACAUACUACCAUCGCUUGUCGCUUGUGCCUUUUUGGGGCGUCCUUCUUCAAACGCGGCUAGCUGGUGCGUUUGUAUGUGUGUGGGGUAUAGCUUCCACCGAAAUAAUCCAUUUUUAGGGGUUUUAUUUUGCUUAACGAAGAUAUAGUUAUCUGUUUAAUUCAAAUGUUUCCAACGGAAUUCGAAUGGUGAAUAUAAAUUAACAAUU